CUUGGAUUGGGCUGCUUGAGAGAUCCGUAACGCUUGCGCUUCUUUUGUUUUAUAUUUGAUUUGUUCCGUGGCUUAGCAUACAAGACUUACUAUUAAUAGUAAGCGGUCUGUACUGAAGUAUUUGACUCCUCAUUCUUUCUUCUUCGUACACGGCACGAUUCUUCACCACGGAGAAUUUACGAACGCUUAGAAGACAUCUCGCUGUUCCUUACUUUUUCCGUUGUUGCGAUAUCAUAGUCGACGUCGUAGCUAUAGUCGUCGUAUCAUCACCAGUGUCUCUACUGCCAUCUCUGCUUCUCGCUGGCGGUGAAAUUUGUUUUAGUCUUGGGCUCUUUUCUGUGCUGCUUUGAUUUACAAUCAAGUGAGUACAGCCCAUCGACAGUUGUGCACACCAUUACUACGCCUUUGCCAUUCCAUACGAUAUUCAGAAGUUAUUCAUAAGGUCAAAAUACCAUAGGAUCACUACAGUCUUCGUAACUUCAGCAGUUCACAUCUUCAUCUUCAUAUCAUAUUGUCAUUUUUCAGUCUUUAUGUCUGAUUGCACUUCAUACUAUGGCCAAUUCUCCACUUAAAAACUCGCCCGAAAUCCCGUUUGUGGACUUGGGAAACGGCGAUAUUGCGAACACAUAUCUGCUCCAGAUAUCGCCGAAGCUCAAGCCAGAAGACGACAUCGCAGCUGGCUCUGCGGUUCCAACGUCUCGCUCAGCCUCGCGCAACAGGGCCAGGUCCAUCUCCAUAUCGAAAUUUCUAUUUAACAAAGAAGCCCUGGCACCAGCUGCUCUCGAUACUCGAGAUUUACCCAUCAGUAACAAGUCUAACGACAACAAUAGUAACAGCAAUAACGGCCAAAAUAACAGCAACAACAUAAUCAAUGGUUCCACGGCUUCUUUUGUAGAGCACGACGAUUUGAAACCACAGAACAGUUUGUCCAAAUUGAAGAGCUUUUUCCGUCUCUCGUCAGCAUCUUUGCCUAUAAGACAACUCGAUAACUCAGAGAAAAGUAGCCAACACCAUUCCGCAAAUACUUCCAACUCUUCAGGUACACCUACCAUUUACUCUAAGGGAAGCGAAAAUGGGGAGGAGGGAAACUCGGAAAUAGAGGUAGCUUUGAAAAAUGGACAAACUGCCGAGACUCAAACUCAUCAAAAACCAGUUCAAACUACUUCUCUGGCUGAUUUCACUAUAGGUAGAAAGAGAUCGGUUUCCAGCCCAGCUUGUUCUCCUAGAAAUCGCAAUCGCAGUGGGUCAGUAAACCAAGUGAUCCCAGAACCUGCGGAAUCGGAUCGUACGCUUCCUGCCGUUAUCACCAAUUAUCCAUCUUCACCAACUUCUUCUAAACACCGUGAGAGUCCUGUAGUUUCGUCGAAUUUGUACUUUGCUUACCAGGGCUUACCCCCUCAUCUAAAAGCGAGUGGACACGCACCAUCUCAAAGACUAGACGAAGCAGCAACUCAUAGUGACGACCUUUCUGUUUCCUUGAGACACAACGAGUCAAUCCUCUCAUUGGGUGAACAGAGCACCUUGAAGCCUCCAAAAGUCCAUCAGUUAUCUAAGUUUUCUAGUAGUGAAGAAUCUGGCUCUGAAAUAGAAGAGAAAAUUGAAGAAGAAGCUCAAGUACUGAACCAAACAUCUCCAAAAACUCCUAGCAAUGAGGGUAGCUCUAACGACAAGCUAGCAAUACCUGUAGCCAAUCUCCAGCCUCCAACAUCUCCAUUUCAAAGAACUUUAAGAAGAGUAGCUUCGGCACCUUUGGUGCAUCGUUUGUUGAAUGAUUCGAAGCAAACUUCACCUUCUGCGACUCCCAGCUCCGAAGAGGAGUUCGACGUCAACAAGCAUAUCGGAGAAUUGAAGAUUACUGGAAGACCUAGAACAUAUACUCUGGAAAGAAUGUACUCUACAGCAUCUACAAAAGUAAUGGAUGUUCAAGUAACUCCGGAUUGUUUUGAGAAAAUCAGGUUACUUGGAAAAGGUGAUGUAGGUAAAGUAUAUUUGGUUCGUGAAAAGGCAUCCAACAAACUCUAUGCUAUGAAGAUUCUAAGCAAGAAGGAAAUGAUCGAAAGAAAUAAAAUUAAGAGAGCUUUGGCAGAACAGGAAAUUUUGGCUACAAGUAGCCACCCAUUCAUUGUUACGCUUUAUCAUUCGUUCCAAUCGAAUGACUACUUGUAUUUGUGUAUGGAGUAUUGUAUGGGAGGCGAAUUUUUCCGUGCUUUACAGACUCGCGAAACUAAAUCUAUAUCUGAAAACGAUGCCAGAUUCUAUGCUGCAGAAGUCACAGCUGCUUUAGAGUAUUUGCAUUUAAUGGGGUUUAUCUACCGUGAUUUGAAACCCGAAAAUAUCUUAUUACAUCAGUCGGGUCACAUCAUGUUGAGCGACUUCGAUUUAUCUAAGCAGAGCGAAAGCGCAAAGAAUCCUGAGAUUUUCUUCAACAAAAGUUCACACCUCACCUCUUCUUCUGGUAACCAUAACGGCCCUGCAAUCGAUACCAAGGCUUGUAUCGAUGGCUUCAGAACCAAUUCCUUUGUUGGAACAGAGGAAUACAUCGCUCCAGAAGUUAUCAGAGGCAAGGGCCACACCAGUGCUGUUGAUUGGUGGACAUUAGGAAUAUUCAUUUACGAGAUGUUGUAUGGUACGACUCCAUUCAAGGGGUCAGAUAGAAAGAAGACAUUUGCAAACGUUUUGAAGAAGGAGGUGAAAUUUCUUGACUCUCAGCCUGCUUCCUCUAAUUGUCGAAAUUUAAUUAAAAAAUUAUUGAUCAAAGAUGAGGCUAAACGUUUGGGCUCUCACACUGGAGCCUCAGAAAUCAAAAGUCACGCUUUUUUCAAGAACACCCAAUGGGCGCUAUUAAGGCACCAACAGCCACCUAUGAUUCCUGUGCUUACAAAGUCAACAAAAAAAUACACGAGUCUCAAGGAGAGUGAUGACCAGGCUUCAAAUCUCUUGAAUAGCGAAAACAACAGCCAGAAUUCUACAACCGGUAAAAAGGACGACACAAACGACCCUUUCGCUAAUUUCAGCUCGGUUACUUUGCAUUAUAGCGAAUCUGGCAACAAUGUAGAACCAAACCCCACUGUUGAAUCGGUGAUUCUCAAUGCCCAAAAUGGGGUCUACACCAGUGUUGCAUAUACCAUGACAAAUGGAUCGAAAAAUGCAAAACAAAAAGGAUUUCUCAAAAGAUAAUUUUAAAGAUAUCGUCUUGACAUUGUUCCUUAUUUAUAAUUAGAUUUAACUAUUGAUGUAGUCUUCUUAGCUGAUAAGAAUAUAUUGAUUUUGUGCA